AAGCUGCCUGUGCCCUCCAUUUUCGAACUCCCCACUACUAGUGACAAGAGAGUGUUAAAGAGAGCAAGAAGCUAGCUAGGUUUCUUCAUGUCUAGCCAAGGAUCAAGAGCUUCAAAUAAAAUCACGGAUGAUGAGCUCAGUGCUCUCAUCUUAAAUCUACAGACAUUGCUGCCACAGCCGAAUCGAUGCCGCAAUGGCAGGGAAUCAGCAACACAGGUUCUGAGCGAAACAUGCAGUUACAUCAGAAAAUUACAAGCAGAGAUCGAUGAUUUGAGCGAGAGACUAUCUCAAUGUCUAGGUUCCAUGGAUAUGACUAGUUUAGAUGCGGAGAUUCUUAGAAAUUUGCUGCGGCAGUAAAGCCCCAGUACUCUUUCCCCUCCCCUCUCUCAAUUUGUCUGAAGUUUCAACAACAGACAAAAAUAUGUUGUUUAUCUUCUGUUCAACUGCCAUUGUUUCUUAAUUAUUUCCAAGUUUGAUUGGGACUUGGAGAGCAGUUAAGAGUAUAAACAAUGUAUGUCUAAUGUUAGUAUUUCCAUGUUUCGUUGUA